UCUAUUAUGUCCUAUAACGGAGGGGCCGUCAUGGCCAUGUGAGGGAAGAACUGUGUGGCGAUAGCAGCGGACCGGAGGUUUGGCAUCCAGGCUCAGAUGGUCACCACAGACUUCCAGAAGAUCUUCCCCUUCCCCAUGGGAGAUAAGCUGUAUAUUGGGCUGGCAGGACUGGCCACUGAUGUUCAGACAGUAUCCCAGAGGCUUAAAUUCAGACUGAACCUGUACGAGCUGAAGGAGGGUCGCCAGAUCAAGCCCAAGACCUUCAUGAGCAUGGUGUCCAACCUGUUGUACGAGAAGAGGUUUGGGCCAUACUACAUCGAGCCUGUGAUCGCUAACCUCGAACCAUUCAUCUGCUCCUUGGAUCUGAUUGGCUGCCCCAUGGUGACAGAAGACUUUGUUGUGAGCGGAAGUUGUGGUUCUCUCCUUGUUGCAUUAUUAUUUGCACAGUGGCAGCUCUUUAACCUGCAUUACAGCACCUUCAUAUUCACUGACCACACUCACUAGAGGAAGUAGGGCUGUGUGAUAUAUUGCUAUUGUAAAAAAGAUGUUUACUGAAAAGAUUAAAUGAUACUAAGAAGACUGAAUAAUACAUGGUUUCUUAUUUACAUUUACAAUAACCCUCAAUGGCCAUACAUGGGAGCGUCACCAGACCAAUUGUCAUCUCUAGAAUAUUGUUGAAUGAAUUAAGCCUGAAUGUAGAUGAAAGUUGUAUAUUGAUUAGGGCUACACAAUUUACAACACACAAAAAGAUGUUUACUGAAAAGAUUAAAUGAUACUGAAUAA